AUGAGGACGGAUUCUGCAGGGGCGAGACCUCCCAACACGGCGGUGAGCCCGUCUGCACCCUCUCUGCUGUACAGCACUGCUCUUGGCAAGGUCCAGAAAUGCUCUUCAGAUCCUCCCAAGCCUGAAACGCUCGCAGUCCCUCCCUGGUUUCAGUACCUGGAUUACAUCUACCUGAAUGCAGGGAUCAUGCCAAAUCCACAUAUUAGUUUCAACGCCUUUAUCUCAGGCUUAUUUUCUAGGAAGGCAGUCCACAUGCUGAGCACUGCAGAGGGGCUGCUUCAUCAAGUUGACCAGGUUACUGUGGAUGGCUUGCAGGAAGUGUUUGAAACCAACCUCUUUGGACAUUUUGUCUUGGUUCGCCAGCUGGAGCCUCUGCUACGUUGCUCUGAAAAGCCAUCUAUGCUCAUUUGGACCUCUUCCUCCAAUGCCAUGAGGUCUGCUUUUAGCCUUGAUGACUACCAGCACAAGAAAGGCAAAGAGGCAUACAGUUCUUCCAAGUAUGCCACUGACCUCACAAGUUUGGCCCUGAACAGGCAUUUUAAUAAGCAGAAUCUGUAUUCCAGUGUCGUUUGUCCAGGCAUCGUGACAACUAACUUGACAUAUGGAAUUAUGCCAUCUCUCUUCUGGAAGCUGCUUAUGCCCAUCCUAUGGCUAAUACGUUUGUUCACCAAGACUUACACACUAACACCGUACAAUGGAUCUGAAGCCCACAUAUGGCUGUUCAAGCAAAAGCCUGAGUCACUGGAUGGACUAAUGAAAUAUCACAGCUGUACUACUUUUGCGGGGAAUAACUAUGUGGAGCCCAGAAAGAUGGAUGUAGAUGAUGAAACUGCCAAAAAGCUGUAUCAAAAGCUGCUGGAACUGGAGAAGCAAGUUCUAGCAAGAUCUAAUGGUCCCAUAAGCACCAAAUAAGAUCAAGCCAGUGUCUUCAAUGAUGAGUGUUUCCAGCAUUAAUGAUCCAGGCCGCCUUCCAUGUUGAGUACUGAGCAUCUUCAGUGUUGGCCUCACUGGAAAUGCAUAAUUUUUAUAGCACCUCUCCCAUCCCCAUUUUUACCUUUUAGUUAGUCUGUGGGAUAUCUUCAAGAAAACAUUACCGGAACUGAAAAGUUAAACUUAAUCUCCCAAGAGUCUCAUGUAUGAUUGUCCUCUUGUUCAUGGUACAGAACUGGAGGCCUGUUGGAGACGGUGCUUGUCCUCAUAAGUGGCAUUGCCAAGGAACAGCCUGACAGAAUUGUGAGGUGCAGUAUGGAAAUAUUCUGGAAAUGGCUGCCAGCCUGGUAUGAUGGGUUAGAGCACUGGACUGGGAAGCUGGCUUUGAAAAUAGGCUCUUUCAGUCUUCCUGGAUGACCUGAGAAAUUGUGUGGUUUGGUUUCCAGAAGUGCUCAAGGCCAGACUUUUCUCAAAAAAGCUGAUCUUUCUCAUAUGCAUGAAAGACGUGGCCAGACUUUCAGAGGAGCCCAGAACCCAACAAACUAAGCCCACGAGAGAACCUCAACCUUAUUGAAAGGGCCUAGAGAGAGGCUCAGCUCGUGAAGAUCUGGUCUUUUACUUUCUGUGCCUUUUUCCCAUGUGUAAAAAUGGGAGUGAAACAUCUUGCUUCACAAGAGCUUUGUGAAGGUGAGCAUAAUGCUGGGUGAAAGUGCUUGCCCUAGUCAUGGGCCAUAUGCAUAUAUAAAAGUGGGUGGAAGGGACUUCAAACACUGUCAGUAAUAUCUACAGCAGGCUUGUCUACCCUAUUUUUAGAUGGGUCAAGUGACAAGUCUAGCUCUUAACCUACAGUAAAUCUACAUGACAAUUAACAGAUAAAUGUAAAAGACAUUUGUAUGUACCUGUCUCUCUGCCUUAUUUGGGAGUUCACAGCAGGGAUCAUGCUUUGUUUGAAAAGUACUUGGAACCAGAAAUAAAAUAAGUGGAAAUUAAA